UUAUUUUCAGGUUUCGAUGUGCAAUCCCAGAUGCAUUUUGGAACGUGUGUGUACUAACUUCCUGGAAUCAUUAUUACAAACGCGACCCUUCUGUUGGUAAUGUAAAAGGGAGUAGGACUGUUUUUCACAAGGAGAAUAAACCGAUCGGAUAGCAUUCCAGGCAUACACAAGUGUAAUUCAAAACAAUCGACAAUGUCUGCUACCGAACAGCUUAAAGAAUGUUCCAGGCGUACGAAAAUGCAGACUGCAAAGAUACUUUAUGUUGGGAAACAGUAUAAGGAGGCAUUAAAAGAGUACAGCGAACUUAUUGAGUUAUAUCCAAAUACGCCGUUACACUAUGCGAACAGGGCCGCAUGUUAUAUGAUGCUUGAUAAAUAUCCCCCAGCAUUGGAAGACGCAAAGAAAUGCAUCGAGUUGGAUUCGAAAGUAUGCAAAGCAUAUGUAAGAAUUGUAAAAUGUUGCCUGAUUUUGGGGGACAUAGUACAAGCCGAGACUACUCUGUCCAAGCUGUUAGAAGUUGAUCUUGAAAAUAAGGCCAUUACCACAGAGAAAAAAGACUUAGAAUAUGUGAAAAGAUUUCUCAAGGAUGCAGAUGCUGCGUACAAUGCUAAAGAUUAUCGUAAGGUUGUAUAUUGUAUGGAUCGUUGUUGUGAUGUGAGUACUCGGUGUACAAGGUUUAAAUUAACUAAAGCAGAAUGUUUGGUAUUCUUGGGAAGAUACCAGGAAGCGCAGGAGAUAGCAAAUGAUAUUUUGCAUAUUGAUAAGCAAAAUGCAGAUGCUAUAUAUGUUCGUGCCAUGUGCCUGUAUUUCCAAGAUAAUAUCGACAGAGCAUUUGCACACUUCCAGCAAGUACUUAGACUGGCUCCGGAUCAUGCCAAAGCGUUAGAAAUAUAUAAACGAGCUAAGAAUUUAAAGAAGAAAAAGGAAGAGGGAAAUGCUGCUUACGAAAAAGAGCAAUAUGAGAAAGCAUAUAAAUUAUAUACGGAAGCUUUAACUAUAGAUCCUCAAAAUAUACUAACAAAUGCCAAACUCCAUUUUAAUAAAGCAACGGUCGCAGCAAAGUUAAAUCGAUUAAACGAGUCAGUGUCAGAAUGUACGGAAGCAUUAAAACUAGAUGAAAAUUACCUUAAAGCACUUUUGAGAAGAGCAGCUGCUUAUAUGGAGCUUAAAGAAUAUGAGAAAGCAGUUAACGAUCUUGAAAAGGCUUAUAAAAUGGAUAAAAGCUCAGAUAAUAAACGAUUAUUAAUGGAAGCUAAACUAGCGUUGAAAAAGUCAAAGAGGAAAGAUUACUAUAAGAUUUUAGGUAUUGAUAAGAACGCAUCUACUGAUGAUAUCAAAAAAGCAUAUAGGAAACGAGCGAUGGUGCAUCAUCCCGAUCGACAUCCUAAUGCAACGGAAGGGGAAAAGAAAGAACAAGAAAAGAAAUUCAAGGAAGUUGGGGAAGCUUAUGGAAUUUUAUCUGACCCUAAGAAACGAUCGCGUUAUGAUAAUGGUCAUGACAUUGACGAUGUUGACAGUGGAUUCCAAGAUAUUGAUCCGAAUAUAGUGUUUCAAACGGUCUUUCAAUCUGAUGGUUAUCAAUUCCAUACGGACGGUUUUACUUACCGCUUUGCUUAACAGCAUUCCAAGGAUACUUGUACUACCUUAAUGUUUUAAAAGAUCGUUUCAUUCUAGAGAUGAAUAUGUUGAAUUUGUUUAUCUUCCAUUCAUAGCACAUCCCGUAUCACCAGGUAGCAUAAAUAAUAUAUAUAAAAUCUAUUAGAAAAAUAUAGUUUUAUAUAUUUAUUUAAAUAAUUGUAAAUAUGUCUUAUAUGGUAUUCCUGAUAUAUAGAGUUUUUUGCAGUAUGUGUGAGUGAAUAUUGGAAAUCGCAUCAAUGAUUUUUGAUAGAUAUGUUUUUAUUGAACUAUUUAUAUCGAUGUAGGUACUUGUGAAAGUUAUAUUCAAAUUUUCUUCCUUCACCUUCCUCUGUUCAGUGACAUUAAAAAGUAAGUUGUCAUAGUUAUUAGUAAAUUUUUUGGAAUUAUUUCAGUUUAUGCAUACGUGUUAUAUGUUUAAAUUGUCUUCGGAAUGAUAAAUGAUCUUGUACACGUCUCUCUGUAGAAAUAUAUAUUACAUUAAAUAUCGUUAUAUUAAGCAAUAAAUUCUUGAAAAAGUA